AUGUCUACCGCAACAAUUCAAAUGAAUUCAACAUCUGAAAAAGAAUUAUUAGAAAAAUUUGGACAAUUUACAAAGUGGGGUCAACCGAAUCCAGAAGUAAUUGGUGUGGAUCAUAUAAGGUGUCGAAAGUACACUUAUAUUGCUUAUUGGUUGGAUGGAUUUAUUUUAGGGUGGGAUAGAAGUUCGAACCGUGGUAACGGAACGAUAUGGUUGCAUAAUUCUCAUUUUAUCACUAUGGGGUUUCUCAAUCAAAUUGUAAAGAGUAAAGAAACAUUUACAGUUGUAACAUAUUUCAGCAUUAUGGAAAAACAUAAUCUCCAGAAACAGAUGAUUAUAUGA